AUGCCGGAUUCAAUUCUCAGGGACCCUAUUGAUGUUGCGGCGACAUUACGCUCGCUCAAGGUCAACGAGAAAACCUCGCUGUUGGCGGGGCAAGAUAACCAUACAACAGUGCCCAUAGAACGGCUAGGCAUCCCCUCAAUCACGCUAUCGGACGGACAGCAUGGCGUAAGAGGAGCGCGAUAUUUCAAUGCGCCGAGAGGCAUGAUGCUGCCGGCUGCCUCUGGUAUGGGAGCAACCUUUGACAAGGGUUUGAUGUUGACCGUUGGAAGGGCAAUUGGACGCGAGGCCAAGGAAAAGAAUGCCCAUGUGCUUCUCGCUCCAACAGUCUGCCUCCAGCGGUCUCCGCUCAUCGGCCGAGGCUUUGAAGCAUUCGGAGAAGACCCGAUUCUCAGCGGAUUGCUAGCGUCGAGCUACAUCAACGGCAUUCAAGAAAAUGGCGUUGCAGCCUCCAUCAAGCACUUCGCAGCCCACGAUCAGUCUAAGUGGGCGCUGGAGGAUGCUAUUCGAGUCAGCGAGAGAACCUUACGAGAACUGCAUCUACUUCCAUUUCAGAUUGCCAUCAAAGACUCGAACCCGUGGAAGGUCCGUGAAGCUACGGUGGAUCUUCGUGUUAGGAAUAUCCUAAACCUCAUCAACAAGGUUCGCCCAGCUCUGAACUAUCAGAAAGGCAGCGUCGAAGAAGGAGACACCCUCGACAAGCGUCAGCUAUGCCGCAAGGUUGCCGCAGACUCCAUCGUGCUUCUGAAGAACAACAAAUCAGUCCUUCCUCUUGAUGUAACCGCUAACCAGACCUGCGGCCUCAUUGGACUAGCUGCACGCUACCCGACAGCCUGUGGAGGCGGUUCUGCUGAGCUUCGCCCUUACUACGUCAACACACCCUACGAUUCCAUUGUAGAGGCGGUAGGCAAAGCCAACGUGAAAGAGGCAGUUGGUGCAUACGGUCACAUAUUUGCCCCGUUGUUGCAGCAGGAUAUUACAGUGCCCGGUACUCAAGAGCCCGGAUACCUUCUUGAAUGGUACUUGAAAGAGCCCACAGCAGGAACCGACUCUCCGUUGUACACGGAAGUUGGAACACAAGGUCUCAUGAUGUUCGCACACAGUCUCCCCAAGUGUGUUGAGGGAGGCUCAUAUUGGCUUCGCAUCACAACGACAUACAAGGCAACCAAAACUGCAACAAUGCAAUUUGGAUUGGCCGUGCUCGGUCGAGGUCGAAUGUUUAUCGAUGGCAAGGAGGUCAUCGACUUGUUUACAUCUCACCCUCCCAAGACUGCGCAAAGUCCCAUGUUCAAUCAGUGCAGUAUGGAGGUAGUUGCCGAUUUCGACGUAACCGUUGGGUCUGAAUACCAGAUGAUGGUCACUCUUGUUAACGGAGGUAUCGAGGCAAAGGCCGGUGCGGCCGCUGCCGGAGGCGCAAGAGUCAGCUGUUGCGAGAAGAUUAAUGCUGGCAAGGGUCUUCAAGAUGCGGUCGAGUUGGCCAAGAGCGUUGAUGUGCCCAUCAUCUACGUUGGCGAGCUCCGCGGAUUUAGUGGAACUGGCGAUGAAGUCACUUACAUCGGCGCCACGGUCGAAGCGAAUAAUAUCGAUACUUUUGCUACCCAUCUUGAAACUGGCAAAACACGUCGUCUAUCUAACCAUCCUGAAUAUGUUGACCCAAUGACUUUCUCUUAUGAUAAUAAGUGGAUGGUCCUUAUGGAUACGCGUGGUUCAGACCGACAGAUGUGGAUGGCUGGCAUGCGUGGUAUUCCACCGCUGAUUGACGUUUUAACUAUUGCCGCUGCUUCUACUACCCGCAACAACGGCGCGCGACGAUUCUUCCAGCCUAUUCUACUUGAUGGAUACGGUGACCGAGAUCCAUACUAUGGCCAGCAAAUUAACGCAAAGGGUAAUGGCAGUAACGGCAGCGUUAAUGACCCAAACUUGAACGGUCGAGCCGAUCCUGCGUUUAGCAAAGAUGGCACCAAGAUCGUUUUUUGGCAGACUCUCGUAGUCGCUCCAGCUUGCGGUGGUGUUAACCCGUUGCCAUGCCCCCAGUCAACUGCUCAGGGUGGGCGUGAAUACAGGGUUGUGCUUGCAAAGCUGACCAGCCGCGAGCCCACGACGCCGCCGCCGGCCGUCAAGGUGCCUGACAUAAUUCCUUGGGCGGUUCAGUUCCAGCCAGGAACUGAGAUCCCACCUAAGUCAUACUUGUCGCCUGGCGAAUACACACUCGCUGGCAAGAAAUCCGGCAGCGCCAAUGUGUCCCUGCUGCCUGAUGAGGCGGGCCAAAUUGAUACCGUCGCCGUCAACUACCUGGACUAUUCCGAUGAUGGUAGGCACAUUAUCAAUGGCUACGAGAAUGUAACAAGAUCUAUCCUGCAGGGGAACCCUUGGAAUAACCACUUGGACUGGUAUUCCGACCUUGACCAAACUGGGGCUACACAAGCCACCAAGAAGACCUCGGAUGAUGGGUUCCAUCUUACAAUCAACGUAAUGGGUGGAUCCGGGUUCAAUGCGACGGGCGAGCUUACAACUACUAUCAAGGGCAAAGUUUAUAGACAGCCCGCCAACUUUACGUAG